AUGGAUGGGAUCUCUUACAGAUCCACUGGCCAUGAAGGCGGUGUCAGCAUAUACUGGGGAGUGCAUCAGGUCACGGGCGUGACACAUAUGCGGCCCGGUCAUCUAUUGCAGCCUGGAAGUCUCCGGUUGUCCUUUCUUUCUUUCUUUCUUUCUUUCUUUCUUUCUCCCACGAAGGUCCUUUCUUUCUUUCUUUCUUUCUUUCUUUCUUUCUUUCUUUCUCCCACGAAGGUCCUUUCUUUCUUUCUUUCUUUCUUUCUUUCUUUCUUUCUUUCUUUCUUUCUUUCUUUCUUUCUCCCACGAAGGUCCUUUCUUUCUUUCUUUCUUUCUCCCGAAGGUCCGUUCUUUCUUUCUUUCUUUCUUUCUUUCUCCCCACGAAGGUCUUUUCUUUCUUUCUUUCUUUCUUUCUUUCUUUCUUUCUUUCUUUCUUUCUUCUCGACUUCCUGUAUCAUAAGUCCCUUCUUUUUAAACAACCCAAUGGACAAAUGA